AUGCUGAAAGCCGUGGUGCUGAUCGGGGGUCCCCAGAAAGGGACCCGCUUCCGACCCUUGUCCUUUGAAGUCCCCAAGCCCCUGUUUCCCGUCGCAGGGGUGCCUAUGAUACAGCAUCAUAUUGAGGCAUGCACUAAGGUUCCUAAUAUGAAGGAGAUUCUCCUGAUUGGGUUCUAUCAGCCCAAUGAAGCUCUCAGCCGCUUCCUGGUGUCUGCCCAGCAAGAGUUCAAAAUCCCCAUCCGGUAUCUACAAGAAUAUGCAGCUCUUGGCACAGGUGGUGGCAUCUACCACUUCCGGGACCAGAUCCUCUCGGGUAACCCUGGGGCCUUCUUUGUGCUAAAUACCGAUGUCUGUUCCGAAUUCCCUCUAGAAGAGAUGCUAACCUUCCACCGGGAGCGUGGCAAUCCUGAUGCCUUCCUCAUGCUAGGCACCACGGCCAACAGAAAGCAGUCUCUGAACUAUGGCUGUAUCGUGGCUAAUGCUGACUCUCAUGAGGUCCUGCACUAUGUGGAGAAGCCCAGCACUUUUGUUAGUGAGCUCAUCAACUGUGGCAUCUACUUGUUCACACCUGCAAUCUUCCAGCAUAUUGGGGCGGUCUUUCAGCGGAACCAGCAGGAACUGCUUCUAGAGGAGAAUGCCAAUGGCUGGCAGCGAGCUGAGGCCAUCAGAUUGGAGCAGGAUGUAUUCACAGCACUCGCUGGGCAGGGACUCCUCUUUGCUUACAAAACCGAAGGAUUCUGGAGCCAGAUCAAGUCUGCCGGGUCUGCCAUCUAUGCCAACCGCUUGUACCUGAGCUGCUACAACCAGUGCCAUCCAGAGAGACUGGCCCAGAACCAUCCUGGUGGGCCCACUAUCCGAGGGAAUGUCUAUAUCCAUCCAACAGCCUCAGUGGAUGCAACUGCUGUGCUAGGUCCCAACGUCUCCAUUGGAAAAGGGGUAACAAUUGGGGCCGGAGUGCGUGUGCGUGAAUCCAUAAUUUUGCAUGGGGCUUCUCUCCAGGACCACACCUGUGUGCUUAACAGCAUUGUGGGCUGGGAUAGCACCAUUGGACGAUGGGCUCGUGUGGAGGGCACCCCCAGUGACCCCAACCCUAACGAUCCCUAUGCAAAGAUAGACAGUGAGACGCUUUUUCGAGAUGGCCGCCUCACACCGUCCAUCACCAUUCUGGGUUGUAAUGUGACCAUCCCUGCAGAAGUAGUCAUCCUGAAUUCUAUUGUCCUUCCCCACAAGGAGCUCAGUCGGAGCUUCAAGAAUCAAAUAAUUCUCUGAAGGGCCCAGAUGUAGCCCCAGGCAGCCGCCAGAAGGAAGGGCAGAGCACCUCUUAAUGAGGUAGCAUGUGACGACAUCAUCAGAUCCACUCUC